GGGCGGGGACUGGCGUGCAUGUGGAAAACGUCACCGCGUUCAGCGUAGGUUAAAAAAAAUGUUCUGCCUCUGCGAGAAAAUUGUUUUAAAAUGAAGUGUGAGGAAGAAAAGGCGGUGGGAGUGUAUUUCGGUUGAAUGGCAUUUUAAUUCUUUUUCAUUUUUAAACAAUAACGUUCGGAUUGUUUGAAAGCUGACGAUCGGCGCUGUGUUUUGGCGAGGGGCUGCAGGUUCCUGCGGCUCUGUCGCUCGCUCGCUUGGUUGGUUGGUUGGUUCCUGUUUGGGGUGCGAGGCGGCCGCUGAGGGGGAAAAGACAUCAACAAUAUGGCGGCGGUGGAGCUGGAAUGGAUUCCUGAAACCCUGUAUAAUACUGCAAUCUCGGCUGUGGUGGACAGCUACACACGAUCCCGAAGGGAGAUCCGCUCGCUGCCCGAAAAUAUACAGUUUGACGUUUAUUACAAGCUUUAUCAACAAGGACGCUUAUGCCAACUUGGUGGUGAAUUCUGUGAGCUUGAGGUGUUUGCCAAGGUGCUUAGAGCAUCAGACAAAAGGCAUCUCCUGCAUCACUGUUUUCAAGCAUUAAUGGAUCAUGGAGUAAAGGUGGCUUCGGUGUUGGCCAAUUCUUUCAGCAGGCGCUGUUCGUAUAUUGAAGAGUCAGAUGCUCAUGUGAAAGAAAAAGCAAUCCAGUUUGGAUUUGUUUUAGGUGGCUUUCUUUCUGAUGCAGGCUGGUAUAGUGAUGCUGAGAAGGUGUUCCUUUCUUGUCUGCAGCUAUGCUCGCUACAUGAUGAGGUACUUCAUUGGUUUCGUGCAGUUGAAUGCUGCGUCAGGUUACUCCACGUGCGCAAUGGCAAUUGUAAGUACCACUUGGGGGAAGAGACCUACAAACUCGCCCAAACCUACAUCGAUAAACUGGCAAAACAUGGUCACCAGGCAAAUAGAGCAGCACUCUUUGGAGAGCUAUGUGCAUUACUCUUUGCUAAAAGUCAUUAUGAUGAGGCUUAUAAGUGGUGUGUAGAAGCCAUGAAGGAAAUCACAGUUGGCUUGCCCGUGAAAGUAGCAGUUGAUGUUUUGAGGCAAGCUUCAAAAGCUUGCGUAGUGAAACGGGAAUUCAAGAAAGCAGAGCAGUUAAUAAAACAUGCUGUGUAUUUAGCGCGGGAGCAUUUUGGUCAAAAGCAUCCCAAAUACUCUGAUACCCUCUUAGAUUAUGGAUUUUACUUGCUCAACGUAGAUAAUAUUUGUCAAUCAGUUGCUAUUUAUCAGACAGCACUCGAUAUCCGGCAGUCAGUAUUUGGAGGCAAGAACAUCCACGUAGCAACAGCUCAUGAAGACCUGGCCUAUUCUUCUUACGUACAUCAGUAUAGUUCUGGGAAGUUUGACAAUGCACUAUUCCAUGCUGAACGUGCCAUAGACAUCAUCACUCAUAUCCUUCCUGAAGACCAUUUAUUGUUGGCUUCUUCUAAAAGGGUUAAAGCGCUUAUACUGGAGGAGAUUGCUAUUGACUGUCAUAACAAGGAAACUGAGCAACGGCUUCUUCAGGAGGCUCAUGAUUUGCACCUUUCUUCACUCCAGUUAGCCAAGAAAGCCUUUGGUGAAUUCAAUGUGCAGACUGCGAAGCACUACGGAAACUUGGGCAGGCUCUAUCAAUCUAUGCGGAAGUUCAAGGAAGCAGAAGAAAUGCAUAUAAAAGCAAUUCAAAUUAAGGAGCAACUCUUGGGCCAAGAAGAUUAUGAAGUGGCAUUAUCGGUGGGGCAUCUAGCAUCUCUCUAUAACUAUGAUAUGAAUCAGUUUGAAGAUGCUGAAAAACUUUAUCUGAGGUCUAUAGCUAUAGACCCUCAACAUCAUCUGAAAACAAUGCAGGAUUCCACAUGUACUCUGACAACAUCCAGCUCUACCUUACCGCCACUUCUCUUGAUUUAUGAUAUUGCUUGGUGGACUUGCAGCAGUGAUUUGGAAAGAAGCUAUUUGGAGAAGGUUACAGUGGACUGGAAUAUGAUUACAGAGGUCUCAUCAAACUGUACAACUCUAUUGGCAAUUUUGAGAAAGUAUUUGAAUAUCAUAAUAUUCUGUCUAACUGGAACCGCCUGCGGGAUCGACAGUUUGCCAUAAGCGAUGCCCUGGAGGAUGUAAAUGGCAGCACGCAAUCCACAGAAGAAGUGGUCAGAUCGUUCCUGUUAGCUCAGCCUACAAUUGGACAGGGUUGCUGAGGAUCAAAACAGGAUUAAAUUGUCACGUACAGUCUUUAUUCCCUGGACUGCAAGGGAGAAGCAUACUGUGAAACAAUCCAGUAACUACACGUAAUACCAUUAGGGUAAUUACUUUCAUUUAGGUGUUAAACUCAGAGGUAAAGGUAAUGGAAAAAAAAAUUCAUGUAAUAGAUACAAGACUAGGAAAAAACUGACCAGAAACAGUCGCCAUGGCAUGUCAUUGUCUAGUAAAGUUUGCAAAUGCUGAUGACAGGAGGAUUGGUCUCGGCACCUGAAUGCCAUAAAUAUUGGAUAAAGUGAAGUUAUUUUGCAGCUGCAGCCUUUUAUUUUUAAUUAUAUUUUCAGCCAUUUUGCUGCUGACCACAUAACUUUUGACGAGUAAUCCAACCAUUUCUUAAUGCAUAAUCAGAUUGUUCCAGGAUGGGCAAUUUUAAACCAGCCUUGCUAACUAUUGACUCAAUUUAUUUGGCAUCUUGGAAGUUAUAGCAGUUCCUUGUGAAGUAUGCUAAACUGGUGCCAUCGCACUGCUUGCCUCCACAGCAUCGCAGUUAGUCCUAAUUAUUUUGCUGUGUCACCAAUUGCAAAAUGACAUCCUUAAGGGCACUGUGAUAGGUUUGCUGUACAUUACAGUAUGUCAUUAUAUUCCUAGGUAUCUAUAGCAUGAGUGGCCUUAGUGAGUUGUUGAAGUGCACAUUUUUUAAAAUUGAAAUAUUAAAGGAGAUAUCUAGAAGUUGGUUUGUGGUGCACAGUUAAGUGUUGGAUCACUAACUGAUGUUUUUAGGUACCAUUUGUCAUCUUUUUUUUAAAAUUCAACUUCUAUUCCUCUUUGGGAAUAAUAUUGCCAUGUUCUGCAUUAAGUGAAUAAUAAAGUUUUGAUAACAUUGAGGAUCUGGUAAAGAAAAAGGUCAACGGUGUUCAUUUUAUUGCACAUUUAAUUAAACAGUACUAUUUUUGUACUUUACUGAAUUGCUUUGACAGCAAUGGCUUAACACUAUUACCAUAUUCAGCCUCUGCUGUUCGAAAGCAAAAUGACAAGCAGACACUCAAAGAUACUUGAGCAGAAAUCCAUGUAAUAGUGCCAUGCUGAAUUUAUACAAUGACAUUACAAUUUUGUUUAAUUUUAAUUCCAUUUAUUUGUGUACAGAAACUUUUAGUGUAAUGACACAGGCUGCAGCGCCCAACAUUAUGUGCAACCAUCAGACCAUUAUUGCUUAUGUUUGUAACAAACAUUGUGAUAUUCUGUAAGUGUACUACUAUAAAACAUUAUUGAUCUGCUAAAUAUAGUGUUCAUGCACAA